AUGUCAGAAAGCAGUCUUUCCAAGUAUAGAACAUAUCGUGGGCUCACUAAAGCAUUACUUACAGCCGGAGGUCUUUGGCCUUACCACAAUUCGUCUAUUUUUUACCGAGUUUGGCCGUAUCUGCAAAUCAUUGUAAGCUCAGGGAUGGUGUUGGCAAUAUUAGGGUUCGUUCGAGAACAUUUUUCGAAUGUUGCUCUCGUGACUCGCGGGCUAAGUGUUAUGACAAGUCAUUUGACAACAAUGUUCAAGUUGAUGUGUUUGGCGAUAAAUCGCGAGGAUCUGGCGGAGCUCCAUGAACACCUUGACCCGUAUGUGGAAAAUUUGUUAAAAACAUUCAAGUCAACAGAUGUGAUCUUGAAAGAUGUUAACAGCUUCAGAUUACUAUCGUGGGGCCUAACAUUUUUUGCAUUUAUCGCUACGUGUGCUUUGAUUUUCAUGCCAUUGUUGGUAAUUUUACACUAUCAUCAGCAAGGAAUUGAGCUGACUAAUUACCCGUUAAUUUACCCAAGUGUUUAUCCCUGGAAAAUAAUUUCGAAUGGAUGGAUCUACAAAGCAAAUUACGUUUUUGAAUCAACUGCCACUCUAAUUAUGUUUUUUGUGACCGCUUCUGUCGACUCUCUAUUCAAUCUGUAUGUUUUCCAAAUGGUCGGACAGCUGCGCGAAAUUUCGUACUGCAUCACACACCUCGAUAGUUUCGAUAAAAAUAAUAGUGUUGUAAAGUGUGUUGUUCAGUACGAAAAAUUGAUGAAAUGCGUGGUAUUACUUGAAAAAAUCUAUGGGUUUAUUUUUCUCUGGAUCAUGGCGACAAAUGCUGUUGUGCUUUGCUCGUUAUUGUUUCAAAUAUCGCAGAUGAAAAGCAUAUCCAUCACGCGAGGAUUGUUAUUUACUACAUACAUUACUUUGAAAGUGAUUCAGACAUUCAUGUAUACUUGGGGUGGUUCUUACCUAACUGAUGAGGUAAUUUGGAAAAUAUUCUUGAACGAGAAUUAUAAAUACGCGGUGUAUGCAUCAAACUGGUUUGGAAAUAAAAAUCUUAUAACGACUGUCAAAAUGACACUCUGUCAAAAAUCAUUGAUUCUGACUGCUUGCAAUUUUUCUAUUGUGUCUGUUAAAAUUUUUGUGAUGGUCAUGAAUACAACCUUAUCUUAUUUCUUUCUACUAGAAGCGAUGGAUUCU